AUGUCUGUGCGGAUCAAGGCGGUGGUGGACAGGUUCGUGAAAGAGCUGCAGGAGGCGCUGGACGCGGACAUCCAGGACCGCAUCAUGAAGGAGCGGGAGAUGCAGAGCUACAUCCAGGAGCGCGAGCGCGAGGUCGCCGAGAGGGAGGCCGCCUGGAAGGCCGAGCUCUCCCGCCGCGAGGCUGAGAUCGCGCGGCAAGAGGCGAGGCUGAAGAUGGAGAAGGAGAACCUGGAGAAGGAAAAGAGCGUCCUCAUGGGAACCGCCUCCAAUCAAGACAACCAAGACGGAGCCCUCGAGAUCACCGUCAGCGGCGAGAAGUACAGGUGCCUUCGUUUCUCCAAGGCAAAGAAGUGA